UUUGUAGUAACCUCAUUCUCAAACAUCACCUCUUAUAAAAGCAAGCAUGGUUCUUUCAACACUACAAUCAAUCUUAUCAAUUUCCGACCUCAACCAAUCCAACCCCAAAAAUAUGGAUUUUGUCCUAAACUAUCUUGACACCACUACCAUAGCAUUCAUUUCUCUAAUUUCCCUCCUUUUCUUUCUAUUUCGUUUUUCCAAAGUUUCUCAUACAAAAGAGCCUCCUAUAAUUUCAGGGUCAUGGCCUUUACUAGGUCACCUUCCUCUAAUGAGAAAAACACAAACACCCCACAAAACCUUAGGUUCCUUAGUUGAUAAAUAUGGACCUAUAUUCACAAUCAAGCUUGGUGCUACAAAUGCAUUGGUACUAAGCAAUUGGGAAUUAGCCAAAGAAUGUUUCACCAAAAACGACAUUGUCGUUUCGUCGCGUCCCAAGCCCGUCGCUGUUGAGCUUAUGUCGUAUAAUCAAGCUUUCAUUGGUUGGGCACCAUAUGGUGCAUAUUGGCGUCAAUUAAGAAAAAUUGUUACAUUAGAGAUUUUAUCUAAUCGAAGAGUUGAACUACUGAGUCACAUUCGUGUAUCUGAAGUUCAAACAUCGAUUAAAGAGCUUGUUAAUAUUUGGUCAAAUCAAGUGUCACAGCAAUCCAUAUUGCUCGAUGACAUUAAGUCGUCUAGUACUAACGACUAUGUGUCGGUCGAGUUGAAGAAAUGGUUUGCACAAUUGACAUUAAACAUGGUACUAAGAAUGGUUGUUGGGAAGAGAUGUUUUGGUGAUGUGGAUGAGGCAAACAAGGAAGAAGCUAAGAGAUUUUUAGAAAAUAUAAGAGAUUUUAUGCGUUUGAUUGGAACAUUUACAGUGGGAGAUGGUGUACCAUUUUUAAAGUGGCUGGAUUUAGGAGGUCAUGAAAAGCAAAUGAAAAAAUGUGCAAAGAAAUUUGAUGAAAUGUUGAAUGAGUGGUUGGAAGAACAUCGUGUAAAGAAGGGUUUAGAUAGUGAUGAUAAGGUGGUGGGGGAAAGAGAUUUCAUGGAUGCAAUGCUUUUGGUGCUUAAAGACAAACCAAUUGAGGAGUUUGACGUAGAUACCAUAAUCAAAGCCACAACAUUGGAGUUGAUUCUAGGAGGAAGUGACACAACCGCAGGAACACUUACAUGGGCAAUGUGUCUUCUAUUAAAACAUCCUCAUGUCUUAGAAAAAGCAAAAGAAGAACUUAACACACACAUUGGUAAAGAAAGAUGUGUAAGUGAAUUAGAUAUCAAUAAAUUAGUAUAUCUUCACGCUAUAAUCAAAGAAACACUAAGAUUAUAUCCACCAGCGCCAUUUUCAUCACCUCGCGAAUUCACCGAAGAUUGCACAAUAGGCGGAUAUCAUAUCAAAAAGGGAACUCGAUUGAUGCCGAAUUUAUGGAAAAUUCAUAGAGAUCCUAGUGUUUGGCCAGAUCCAUUAGAGUUCAAACCCGAAAGGUUUCUAACUUCUCACAAAGAUGUUGAUGUUAGGGGUCAAAAUUUUGAGUUGUUGCCAUUUGGAAGUGGGAGAAGAAUGUGUGCUGGAAUGUCCCUUGGUUUGCAUAUGGUUCAUUAUAUUCUUGCCAAUUUCUUGCAUUCUUUUGACAUCUUGAAUCCAUCUCCUGAGUCAAUUGAUUCGACUGAAGUUCUUGAAUUUGUCAGCACUAAAGCUACUCCACUUGAGGUUUUGGUUAAACCUUGUUUGUCUUUCAAAUGUUAUGAAACUAUGUGAUUUUAAUUGUAGUCAAUUUUGUCAUUUUCAUUGUUUUCUAUGUGAUGUUACAACUUGUUAGUUAGUGAUGACUAACUAGAGUUAUUUUCUCAAUAAAUUUGAAGUGAGUUGUGUUCUAUAGCACAAGAGCAUUUUAUUUAUAAGCUAAUACUUGUAUUAAUUUCAAUACAUUAUGAAUAAUAGUUAUUUUCUUUAUCACAUCAAGAGAAUUAAUAA